CGUAAGGAAAAAAAAAACAUGAAAUGCUAAAACCCUUUGCGCGGAAGAGCCGGCGAGGUUUUGGAUUUUCCACCUCAAAUUGAUCGGUGCCGGCGGCGUCAAACAUGGCAGCCCUCUUCAACCUGAAGGCGGGCAGAUUGGGUUAUUCACUUUUUUCCAAAACUAAAAGAUUUGUUGGUAGGGUUGGGGAUCUAAAACCCUCGCAUUUUCCUCUUCAAAAUCUGCUACUGUGCAGACAUUUCGCCUCAAAACUCUCAGAAACCCACCACGAUUCCACAGUCAAUUACCUCAUAAACUCAUGUGGGUUGUCCCCAGAAGGUGCGAUUUUAGCUUCUAAGUGGGUCAAGUUGCGAUCUUCCAAAAGAGCAGACUCCGUUUUGUCCUUUCUCAGAAACCAUGGAUUCUCUAAGACCCAGAUCUCCAAGAUGGUGAGGACGUACCCACACUUUCUUAACUCCAAUCCGGAGAAAACCCUUUUGCCGAAGCUUGAGUUUUUCACUUCGCUUGGAGUUUCAGAGGAGGACCUUGCAACAACUGUGGAGCAUGAACCGAUGCUUUUGGCAAGAAGCUUGGAGAAACAGAUUCUACCCACUUACAAUUUCCUCAGGAGGAUGAUUUCUGGGGGAAAAAUUGCUUCAGUUUUCAGGAACUGCUCGCGGGUUUUCUUGGAAGGCCACUCUAAGAAUGUUGAGCCAAAUAUUGGGAUCUUAAGAGAAUCAGGUAUGCCCCAAUCAUGUAUUUCUCUGUUGGUAGCUCAUUUUACCCAGGCUUUGAUGCAAAACCGUAAAAAGUUUGCUCAAGUUGUGGGUGAGGUCAAGCAAAUGGGUUUUGAUAUGGAAAAAUCAAUGUCUGUGAUGGCUAUAAAAGCUUUGAGUAGUGCCAAUAGUAAGUCCAUAUGGACUCGAAAUUGCGAAGUUUAUAAGAGGUGGGGUUGGUCUGACGAUGAUGUUCUCUCUGCUUUCAAGCGGUACCCAUGUUGUAUGACCAAGUCGGAGAAGAAAAUAAUGCAAGUCAUGGAAUUUGUAGUGAACAAGAUGGAAUUGUCGUCGCAAAUGAUUCUUAAAGCCCCUGUGACCAUGGGUUACAGUUUGGAGAAGAGAAUUAUCCCAAGGUUUUCGGUUGUGAAAGUUUUGAUGUUGAAGGGAUUAAUGGAUGAAAACAGGAAUCUAGGUUCGGUGUUGUGUUCUACGGAGAAGCAAUUUUUGGAGAGAUUUGUGACCAGAUAUCGAACUGAAGUCCCUCAACUGUCGAGUGUGUACCAAGGGAAAGCUGCAAUUCAGGAUGUAUGAGUACAGAUGAAAAUUGGAGAGAUUGCAAAUUCCAGCCACUUGAUGCAGCACCACAACUGGUUGCAGCUUUGGCAUUGUAUUUUAAGGGUAUGUCUUGUAUACUAAAAACUAUUCCCUUAAACAAUGUUCUAAUUACAUACGAGUGUGACGUGCAAUUCAGCUUCUCUUAUUUGACAACCAUCGUUGAUUGUGGUGUGGUUCAAUUCAAUCUAUUACGAAGUGCAGUGAAUAAAACUAAAAAUUUCAUUUGGUUUUUGAUCGGUUAAUGCCAACAGCAAACAGUAUGCGUGCUUGUGUGCAUUGGUUUUACAUUUCAAUGUGUCUGUGUCUAAGAUAUCAAUGGUGGUCUGCAGUAUAGUGUCCUCCGCAGGCGGCUAGCCUUUUGCAGUCGCUAUGGCUGGGUUAGUAUCAUCCUGUCAUUACUAUUCCCCUUCAUCGGACUUUUGCAUAAGGAAGGGGGCGGCAAUUUAAGUAACGCUUGUCUUAUUAAAAAAGCAAUGCAGUGGUUGUGGCUACUGUUUGGGUUCUUCAGGGGACACAAGAUUGAGCUGAUCUGAUUUGUAAUGUUGAGCCGCUUGGCUACUGUUAUCUGUGCGGAUGAGUGAAUCCAUGUGAAAGCCCUUGGUGGUUCUUUUUAAACGUAUGUCACCAUGUAUUGCAUUCGGUACUGCAGGCGAUGAGGGAAGAAUUGCUUGUAUAUGAUUUUCCUGCUGUUAUCCUGUCAACACUGCAAACCCUCGUUAGUCGCACCAUGUAAGCAUACAUUGUUCCCUUGCUUUAUUAUGUUAAGGAGAAUGAUGGUUGUUUUGUUCUCUAUUUUAUGUGGAUUAAGGUUUGACA